AUGGCUCCUCGGAAAGCCGCAGCAGCAACUUCGACGCGAAGCAGAGCUGCUACAACGACCACCGCAUCAAAGUCGGCUGGUGCUAAGAAAGCGAUCGAUACCGAAACCAAAAGCACCAGGGCCGCUACUACCACAGCCACCGCAGCUACGACUCGAACCAGGAGAACCACCACGGCCACUACGACCCAAAGCACCACGGUCAAAGCCACGCGCAAAACACAAGAAGCCCCCGUCUCCAAGAAGCGCAAAGCCGUCUCCGACGAUGAAGAGGAGCCGAAGCCAAAAAAGACCUGCGUCACUAAAGAAAAACUUCCAGCACCGAAGAAGGCUCGCGUGGUAGCCUCGCCUGCUCCAAAAGCUCCCAAGCCAAAAGUGGUGAUCAACAAGGCUCCUACCGACAGAUUAAACGUGUAUGUUUUUGGUGAAGGCAGCUCUGGCGAACUCGGACUCGGAGUCGCGAAGAAUGCCGUCGAUGUGAAAAGACCGCGACUCAACGCGCUUUUGGCUGCAGAUACCGUUGGCGUGGUGCAGAUUGCAACUGGAGGCAUGCAUUGUGUUGCGCUUACGCAUGAUAAUAAAAUUCUUACAUGGGGUGUCAACGACCAAGGCGCUUUGGGGCGCGAUACAACCUGGGAAGGCAAACUGAAGGAUAUUGAUGCUGGAAGUGAUGAUGAUGAUUCGGAUGCCGAUAGUGAUAGUGGCCUGAACCCCAAAGAAUCCAUACCCACUGAGAUUCCGACAGACUCUUUCCCAGAAGGAACUGUUUUUGUGGAGGUUGCCGCCGGAGAUAGCUCCUCUUUUGCUCUGACUGAUGAUGGUCGAGUGUAUGGCUGGGGUACUUUCCGAGGAAAUGAGGGCAUUCUUGGGUUUGACGCUACCAACCGUGUUCAAGCCACUCCAGCACUCAUUCCUUCUCUCAAGAAAAUUCAGCAUAUCGCCUGCGGCGACAACCAUGCUCUUGCUCUUGAUGUGAAAGGUGCAGUGUUUGCUUGGGGCUCCGGCCAACAAAAUCAACUCGGUCGCCGUAUUGUUGAGCGCACUAAGCUUAAUGGUCUCCAUCCCCGUGAAUUCGGAUUGCCAAAAAAUAUCACUCACAUCGGCUGUGGGGCGUUCCACUCGUUUGCUAUCCAUCAGUCCGGCAAAGUUUACAGCUGGGGCCUCAAUAGCUAUGGCGAAACCGGUAUUCCUCAAGGCGCAGGAUCUGAUGAAGCUGUUGUUCUACGUCCCGAGGUUGUCAAAUCCCUAAGCGAUAAAGACGUUAUUCAGCUUUGCGGCGGAUCUCACCACUCGCUUGCCGUCACUCGGGAGGGCGAAUGCCUCGCUUGGGGCCGCGUUGACGGUUUCCAGACUGGAUUGAAUGUCGAAACCCUUCCAGAGGAGUCUGUCAUCAAGGAUGAUAGAGGCCGUGCGCGUAUUCUUUCCACUCCCACUGCUAUCCCGGAUAUCAAAGCCAAAUUUGUUGCUGCCGGUGCAGACCAUUCCAUUGCCAUCGCCCAGGAUGGACGUGCCUGGUCUUGGGGCUUUUCCGCAAACUACCAAACUGGCCAAGGCACCGAUGAUGACAUCGAAGUUGCUACGGUGAUUGAUAAUACGGCUGUGAGAGGAAAGACAUUGAACUGGGCUGGUGCCGGUGGACAAUAUUCCAUUAUCACUGGGCUGCCGACGGCUGAGGUAAAUGGUGUUGCCGUGAAUGGUGAUGCGGCUAACGGAGUGACUGCAAACGGGAGUGCUUGA